GAUGUCUUAACAAUAACCAAAAGGAGGAAAAGGAUAAUAAGCUAAGCCAGAAGCAAAGGCUUAAGCCCCAGCUAAAGUUGUCAAACCAUAAGAAACUAAAGAAAAUGUUAUGAGAAAGAUUAGAAUUGAAAAAUUGAUGGUUCACAUUUGUGCUGGUGAGUCUGGUGAUAAAUUGACUAAAGCUGCUAAAGUUUUAGAGGAUUUAACAGGAUAAAAGCCUGUAUUUGGUAAGGCACGAUACACAGUCAGAUCUUUCGGUAUUAGAAGAAACGAAAAGAUUUCAGUGUUUUGCACAAUUAGAGGUGAUUAAGCAAAAGACAUCUUAUUUAGAGGAUUAAGAGUUAAGGAAAUGGAAUUAAAAAAGAGAAAUUUCUCUGAUUCAGGAAACUUUGGUUUUGGUAUUUAAGAACAUAUUGAUUUGGGAUUGAAAUAUGACCCAUAUACAGGUAUUAAUAAUAUAAAUAUUGCGUAGGUAUUUUUGGUAUGGACUUCUAUGUUGUCUUAUCCAGACCAGGUUUGAGAGUUGCUCAAAGAAAGUCAAGAAAUGCCAGAUUAGGAACAGCUUAGAGAGUUAGCAAAAAGGAAGCUAUUGAAUGGUUCAAAUAAACCUUUGAAGGUAAUGUCUAUUGAU